AUGCUGUUGGAAGUGUUGAAAAAAGCAUUUCCUUUUUGUAAAAGGUUGCCUACAACCAAGUAUGGUGCAAAGAAGAUUGUUAAAGAUCUUCAUUAUGAGAAGAUUGAUGCAUAUAUGAGAUGGCAUUAUGAGGAACGUGUGAAAGAUGGUGUGUUAAGGCACCCAGCAGAUUCCGAAGCUUGGAAAUCUCUUGAUAGAAUACAUGAGUCUUUUGGUAAUGAGUUGCGCAAUGUACGACUUGGUUUGGCAACUGAUGGAUUCAACCCCUUUGACAAUAUGAGUGUGAAGUAUAGCUUAUGGCCAAUCCUUCUGUUCCUAUACAACCUUCCUCCAUGGAUGUUGAUGAAAGAGUCUUAUGUCUUCAUUUUUUUACUUAUACCAGGAAAAAAGGGCCCUGGUCAAGAUAUUGAUGUAUACAUAAGGCCAUUGAUAGAUGAGUUGCAAUACUUAUGGGGAAUUGGCGUUGAAACAUACGAUAUAUCUACAAAGCAGAAUUUUCACAUGCGAGCUGCAAUCAUGUGGACUAUCAACGACUAUCCUGCAUAUGCUUAUAUGUCAGGUUCGAGUACACAAGGAAAAUUGGCUUGCCCGUGUUGUGGGUCCAAUACCUCACAUCUAAGUUUACGUCAUGGCUCCAAGCAAUGUUAUAUGGGUCAUCGACGUUUCUUACAAUUAGAUCACCCAUGGCGUAAUCAGAAGAUGUAG